GAUUCUGGCGCGGUCACACUGGUGAAAACCUGAAGAUUAAGAUUGCAAACAUUUUGUCUUUUAUAUUAAUUUAAAGCCAUCUGGGAGCAACUGCAGCCAAUUUUGUGCCUUUCAAGGAUCACCGAACUCAAGCUAAUCACAGAAACCAUGUCCCAGGGCGGCGGUGGAGGUACACCAGCGGGCGGUAAUCCCACAGCGCUCCAGGGCGCUGGCGGGGGCGUGGUCUUCAGCAAGGUCUUCAUCCAGCGCGACUAUAGCGAGGGCACUUCGGUUAAGUUUCACACGCGGCUUCCCACAGAACUGGAGGGUAUGAUUGAGCGACAUGUCUUCGAAAGCACUAUCAACAGGCUGAAUGAAUUUUAUGCUGAAGCCGAGGAGGGAUCCUGCGGCACCUACUGCGAGGGCUGUAUUGGCUGCAUUACGGCAUACUUGAUCUACAUGUGCUCCGAAACGCACUAUGAAAAGACCCUUCGUAAGAUAUCGAAAUUCGUGGCUUCCCAAAACGAACGCAUUUACAAUCCCAAGGGCCUGCAAUUGAUUGAUCCCACUUUCCGAGGCCUGCGCGUUAUAGAGAUUACAAUAUUCGAUCGUCCGGGGCGAACGUGACUCCCGCUUUCUCAUUCCGCCAACGAGUUCUUCAUGUGAGAUGAUCAACCAGCCACAGUCGCAUCAAGAGGAGGAAGGAAGUUAGUAGAAUGAAGGAGGGGUCCGUUUUAGCAAUUCAGCAAUCAAGCAAAAGUCAGCGCCAUUGUGUGUGUUUCCAAAAAAAAGUUAAAAAAAAAGAAGAUUAACUAAAUACCCAGCUGUGGAAUCAGCUAAAGCUUUAUAACCUUUAAUAAUAUAUCUUGGCUUUGGGCAUGCGACUUAGUCACGGGCGUGCUGGGAGUCCGCCUCUGCUGCAGCCACAUACGAUAUAGAUAUGAUAGAUUAACCGUUAAUGAUUAGCCAAGGCAGGGUAAUGGCCAGCGUUAGUUAGUAUUUAUGCUUAGUCUUGUAAGUGAAAAGCUACCGAAACUGCAUUUUGAGCCGAAGCAUGCAUCAACAUAUACCCACAUUCGCAUAUGUUACCAUUGUUCUACUUAUCAGCCCCGAAAAGGCCAGCGAGAAUUGAUUGUUUUAUAAUUGAUUAAAUAUUGUAUACACCUUGAUUGUAGUAAUUACUAAUAAUUCGCAUGUAAAACGUUUCAUUUUCAAUGGCAUCGCAUAUGUAUGAGUACAUACGAUAAUAUAGCUUAAUCAGACAAAACAUACGCAUAACGUUUUCUACACCAGACUCUUACCGAUUAUAUCAAACAGCGCCAAAUGAACUUACACAUAAACAAGUGAAGAAUUGUUCGAUUUUACGAUAAAUCAGCAACGUUGAUUAACAUAGUUGUAUAUCUUAUAAGGAAAAUAUAUAUUGCCGUCAUAUUAA